UCCUCUGCGGCCGCCAUGCUGCCCGCCGCCCGCGCGCUGCCGCCGCGCCUGCUCCGCCGCUCGCCGCCCGCCUGGCGGUGCGCCGCGGCCGGAUCGCCUGCCGCCGGGCUGCGGGCGCUGGGCACGGGUCGGCCGCGGCGUUCGGAGGCUCUGGCCGGGGCCCCGCUGGACACGGCCGCCAAGGAGUACUCGCCCAAGGUGCGGCAGCUGGUGCAGGACAUCGCGGGCCUGACGCUGCUCGAAGUGGCCGACCUCAACGCGCUUCUCAAGGAGACUCUGAAGAUCCCGGACGUGGGGGUGAUGCCGGCGGCUGCUUCUCUCAUGCCCUCCCAGCCAGCUUCGCAGGACGAGGAGGAAGUCCCAGUCAAGAAGGAGAAAACACAUUUCACCGUUCGGCUAACAGAUCUGAAAGCUACUGACAAGGUGAAGCUGAUCAAGGAGGUGAAGAACUUCGUGCAAGGAAUAAACUUGGUGCAGGCCAAGAAGCUGGUGGAGUCCCUUCCGCAGGAGAUCAAGGCAAACGCCUCCAAGGAGGAAGCAGAGAAGAUCAAAGCGGCACUAGAAGCAGCCGGAGGGACUGUGGUUCUGGAGUAGUCGGCCACAGUUCUGCAGUAGGCAGCUGUAUUUGUGCCACAGAGGGACUGGCAUGAUGGCAGCCUUCCCACCAGCGCCGAAGCCUGGGCCUGGAUGUUUCUGAGUGCAAAACAUCCUCUUUGUCGUGCGCUGGGAAGGCUCUCUCAAAGCGAUUCGAUGCAAGAAUGCUGUGUGCUUUGGCGGGGCUGCUGUCUGGUUCUGCCAUCAUCACGAACUCUACCUUCAUAAACGUCCUAAAAAAACCUGUGAAA